AUGUAAAUCUUCUCUAUUGGUGAGGAUUUUAGUUUCUAUUUGGUAUCUGCAUCAUAAGAAGAAGUCAUAAGAAGACAAUAAAACAAACUAUAUAAUUUCACAAGAGUAUCUGNUAAGCAAAAAAAUGGAAUGGAAAAUAAUUGUGAAUUGAAUCAGCCUAACUAUUAAUAGUAAAUUAAUUUGUUGAAAGAACAAAUUUCAAUAUAAAAAUAGUCAUUCCAGUAAACAGAAUCAACUCUUUAAAAACAAAUUAAAACAUUAACUACCUUUUUUAAUAAAUUCUUUUUUUCAAUUAAUAAUCUCACUAUUUAAAAUUCUAAUAAAAUGUUCUCUCAAAAUGAAAUUGAUUUGUUCUCAUUAGUAUUUGAAAAUCUCAAUGAUGAAUUGUAAAAAUAUGAUACAAAUUUGUUUUAAUGCUAAAACAACACGCAGAAUUUAACUGGAAAAUAUGUAAAUUCUGCGGUUGAAAAUACAAACCUAUCAAAUACUAAAGAUAUUUCAAAACUUAAGUAAAUCAUUUAAAUACAAAACAAAUAAAUUGAACACCAAUAACAAACGAUCUUGAAUUAAUAAUUUGAAAUAUAGACCCUGUAAAGAUUGAUGCAUCAGAGUGAAUAUGAAAGUAUUGCAGAAUUUACAAGAAACUGUGUAAAUAAUAACGAUUAAUUUGCUUAGGAAUUUGCAAAUUCUACUAAUGAAGAAUUGUGUUAUCAUCUUAACGAUAGUUAAAGUGAUAUUAAGCCAAAAUGUUUUUUAAAUAGUUUUUAAAAUACUCUCUAAUAAUUUUAAGUCAUUACAGAAGAAAGCACUUUUAGAAAUUGA